CCGCACGGGGCGCUCGCUCCGCAGAAAGAAGUUUUCCCAUUUCCAGAAGUAAGCCAGGAUGAGCUUGAUGAAAUCAAUCAGUUACUGGGACCUGUAGAGAAAUUCUUCACUGAAGAGGUGGACUCUCGAAAAAUCGACCAGGAGGGGAAAAUCCCAAAUGAAACUUUAGAGAAACUGAAGAGCCUGGGGCUUUUUGGGUUGCUGGUCCCAGAGGAAUAUGGUGGCCUGGGCCUCUCCAACACCAUGUACGCACGGCUGGUGGAGGUCAUCAGCAUGGACGGCUCCAUCACCGUGACCCUGGCCGCACAUCAGGCCAUCGGCCUCAAGGGGAUCCUCCUGGCCGGCAGCGAGGAGCAGAAGGCCAGGUACCUGCCCAGGCUGGCGUCCGGGGAGCACGUGGCUGCCUUCUGCCUGACGGAGCCCGCCAGCGGGAGUGACACUGCCUCCAUCCAGACCAGGGCGACAUUAAGUGAAGACAAGAAACAUUAUGUCCUCAACGGCUCCAAGGUCUGGAUCACCAAUGGAGGGCUGGCCAAUGUUUUUACUGUGUUUGCCAAGACUGAGGUGGUUGAUUCCGAUGGUUCAGUGAAGGACAAGAUCACGGCGUUCAUAGUAGAGAGAGACUUCGGUGGAGUCACCAACGGGAAACCUGAGGACAAGUUAGGGAUCCGAGGCUCCAACACUUGCGAGGUCCACUUUGAGAACACCAGGGUGCCCGUCGGAAACGUCCUCGGAGAAGUCGGAGGCGGCUUUAAGGUGGCCAUGAACAUCCUCAACAGCGGGCGGUUCAGCAUGGGCAGUGCCGUGGCCGGGAUGCUCAAGAGACUGAUCGAAAUGACUGCGGAGCACGCCUGCACCAGGAAACAGUUCAACAGGAGCCUCAGCGAGUUCGGAUUAAUUCAGGAGAAGUUUGCCCUGAUGGCUCAGAAGGCUUAUGUGAUGGAAAGUAUGACCUACCUGACCGCAGGGAUGCUGGACCAGCCAGGCUUUCCUGACUGCUCCAUCGAGGCCGCCAUGGUGAAGGUGUUCAGCUCCGAGGGCGCGUGGCAGUGCGUGAGCGAGGCGCUGCAGAUCCUCGGGGGCACGGGCUACAUGAAGGACUAUCCGUACGAGCGCCUUCUGCGUGACAGCCGCAUCCUGCUCAUCUUCGAGGGAACCAAUGAGAUCCUCCGGAUGUACAUUGCCCUGACGGGCCUGCAGCACGCUGGCCAAGUCCUGACUGCAAGGAUCAAUGAGCUUAAACGGGGCAACGUGACCACUGUCAUGGAGACCAUUGGCCGGAGGCUUCGGGACUCCCUGGGCCAAGGUGUGGACCUGGGGCUGACCGGGAAGCUCGGAGCCGUGCACCCCAGUGUUGCGGACGGUGCCCACAGGCUCGAGGAGAACGUGUACCACUUUGGCCGCACUGUGGAGACACUGCUGCUUCGCUUUGGCAAGACCAUCGUGGAGGAGCAGCUGGUCUUGAAGCGAGUGGCCAACGUCCUCAUCAACCUGUUCGGCAUGACGGCCGUGCUGUCGCGGGCCAGCCGCUCCAUCCGCACGGGGCUCCGGAACCACGACCAUGAGGUUCUGUUGGCCAAUGUCUUCUGCGCGGAGGCUUAUUACCAGAAUCUCUUCACCCUGUCUCAGCUGGACAAGUAUGCUCCAGAAAACCUAGAUGAACACAUCAAGAAGGUGUCCCAGCAGAUCCUGGAGAAGCGAGCCUACCUCUGCACCCACCCUCUGGACCGGACGUCCUGAUGCGAAGGGACAGCGUCCCCGCUGCUGCCCGCACCUGGACUCACUCCUUCCAGAAGGUGGAGAACUUGCCUUACUGUGAGUUAGCCGUUUCUCCCAGCCUCCCCCUGACCCAUGGGCACUGCUGCCCGACUGACAGGGUCUCAGGCUCUGACCGGAUCCAGAGCGCGCGGAGCUGCUCGGACUCCAGGCCCGGAGACUUCCCGGCGGGGACGUGUCUCGGGGGAAAGCCAUUCCACCGGACUGCACCUUCCCCAAGCAGCAGCCUGAGAACCGCGUGCAUGUCAGUCUUUUAAAUUGGGAGCAAAAUGCACUUCAAACGUGUACCAGAAACGCUUAACAAAAACGAACAUAAAACAGCAGCCGGCAUUUGCUGUA